AUGACCCAAGACGCGGUCAAACUAUGUAUUAUUGGUGAUUCUGGUGUUGGAAAAACUUGUAUCUCAAGUAGGCUUGUUGAUGGAACAUUUAAAUCAGACGAAAAAUCAACUAUUGGUGCUUCUUUUGUUACUACAAAUAUUGAAAAUAGUAAAAUAGUUAUUUGGGAUACUGCUGGUCAAGAGAAAUAUAGGUCUAUGGUUGGUAUGUAUUAUCGUGGUGCUUCUGGUGCAAUUAUUGUUUAUGACAUUACAAGUAGAGCAACAUUUGUUGAUUUAGAUGCUUGGCAUGCUGAUUUAAUGAAGACUGCAACUGAUGAUAUUGUUCUUUGUAUUGUUGGUAAUAAAUCUGAUUUAGAAGCAUCAAGGCAAGUUAGUACUGAUGAAGGAAAAGAGUUUGCCUCAAAGAAAAAUGCUAUGUUUUAUGAAGUUUCAGCAAUGAAUGGAAAAAAUGUUACUGAACUCUUUACUGAAAUUACAAGAAAAAUUAAAUCUUCACAACCACAAAAACCACAAGGAGGACUUUCUUCUUCUGAUAAUGUAAAUGUUGCUACAGCAUCUACACAACCAACAAAAAAGAAAGGAUUCUGUUAA